UGCAAGGUGCCCGGCUGCGGCAAGUGCUUCAAGCGCAGCGAACACCUCAAGCGGCACGUGCGCUCGAUCCACACGAACGAGCGGCCAUUCCAGUGCCAGUGGCCGACGUGCAAGCGCCUCUUCUCCCGCCACGACAACCUCAACCAGCAC